GUUUUCAAUACGAAUGCAAAGCCGGUGUAGUUUGAAAAGAAAUAGGAAUGAGUCUGAAUAGUUGACCAGAGGUUUGAGCAGAGCAAAAUGCAUUAUGCAUUGGCCUUAUCAAUACUGCCAGUAUUCCAAUUAUGAUUCUGAUCUUCCUUGCGUUUAGCUGAUGCUGACCUGGCAUGUAGCGAGGACUACAAAGGAAGAGAACGAAAACGCCGCCUUUCGGAAGAGAAAAUUACUUCUAGCAUCAGGUGGCGACUCAACUACACAUCAACUUCCUCUUCGAACGCAGCCGCUCUAAUUCGCUUCCCGAGUUGCAGAAGUGAAAACGCAAUAUCCGAGGAGCUAUAGAAGCGGAGAUCCUCACAACAUCCACUUCUUCUCCUGGUGGUCAAAAGAAAAGCGAACAAGGCUUAAGAAGUACUUCUGGAAGUCAUCCUCAAGAAAGCUAGCACUAGAUGUACACGAAGAACGAGCAGGAUUAACAAAAGACGGAACCAGUAGUAGCAAAGAAAAAAGCAAUUAUGGGCGAGCACCUCCAAGACGCGGAGGACGCUAUUGAGUAUACGAUCCUGAACAGGAGAGAUGUCAAUGCUUUCCAAAUACCACCUCAGGCAAGCUCAUCCGGUCAUAGAGCAGAAGAGUGGAAGAACUGUAUCUGGUCGGGGAAAAUCUGGAUAGCGGCAAAAAACAACAACUGCAUCGUCAGACUCAUCAAACCAGCGACAGAAGAGAUCUUCUUGCAGAGCGUCAUAGAGGGAGGAGAGUACUUUUCCCCAUUUUAAUGAGGUGUGCUGCAAAUCUUGAUUGGCUUCUUCCCUUUUUAUAGGGUCGAGGUUUAGGUCCAGCGGCGCUCAAAGCACUAAAUAAAACAAAUUUUUUCUUUUUCUGGCCAUUACUGCACCUGAAAGGAAUCUUACCUACUGCAAGAAGCAAAACAAUCCUUUGGUACAUUCAGCUCUUCUCACUGAUCUCACAGCCACGAUCGAUACGUCGAGCGAACAGUGGAUAGCAGUCGAUAUUUCGUCCUCCGAGUUGUGCAUCCUCAGACAAAAAAAGCGGCUUUUAUAGGACUCGGAUUUGAGGAACGAAACGACGCAUUCGAUUUCAAUUGCUGUCUUUCGGACUUCAAAAAUCGAAAUGUAGAGAGCGAAAAAGCGGAAGAAGCAGCAAAAGAUAGGCCGCCGCCGAAGGAUUACAGUUUGAAGGAGGGGGAGAAGAUAACGGUAUUCGUUCUCCUAAAGCUAAAAAGUCAGGUCGAUCAUAAGUACAAGUUUACAGACUUAUACCAUAGGUUCUAUUGUAAAUACAGCUAUAGUAUAGGUGCAUAUUAUAGAUGCGUAUUCCCGGUGUAAUGCGACGAUCUUUUGCCUACUUUGUUGACAGCAAAUUUGAGUUCGUGCAUCACAACAAUUACAGAUAAAAAUUGGCGGCAAGAAAAAACCAUCUACAUCGACAGCGAAAGAUGGUAGUGCCACAAGCGGUCCAGGAGAUGGCGCGUCAGGAGGUUUUUUGCCGCCACCACCUGCAGCGAGUAAACAAAGAACGGUUGUCCAGGAACCAGUCAGACUUGACGAAGCCGAUGAUGAUCCUUUCAAGGAUGACGAUGAUUUUUUUGGUGAUUUCCAGUCGGCUGGAUAAUCGUCUGUGGAAGAUUGAUCUGAAUUCUCUCACCAAUUUCUUGCUCUUCUUUCGCCUAGCAAAUUGACGCAUAGAUCAGCAAGAUAGCGCAGAGAGUGGAUUAAGAUUAUGAUCGAGGAAAUGGAGGGUAAAACUUCCAGCAUCACCG